GGGGAGAAGAAGUGGGGAGCGGUCUACAACUUCCUCCAGCGGAGCGCCAUUUUCGGCGUUGUUCCGGGACUACAGCAUGCUGUUAAACAGAUAAUAAGACCAGUAUAUAACGUUGCAAGACCCCUCUUUCAGUAUUCGCUCGAAAUGGGACGAAAGAAGAAGAAGCAGAUGAAGCCAUGGUGCUGGUACUGUAAUCGGGACUUUGAUGACGAAAAGAUCCUCAUCCAACAUCAGAAGGCAAAGCAUUUUAAAUGCCAUAUUUGCCACAAGAAGUUGUACACGGGCCCAGGCUUGGCUAUCCAUUGCAUGCAGGUCCACAAGGAAACGAUUGACAGUGUACCAAAUGCAAUUCCUGGAAGAGUAGACAUUGAGCUGGAAAUCUACGGCAUGGAGGGGAUUCCAGAAAAAGACAUGCAGGAAAGGAGACGGACAUUGGAACAGAAAUCACAAGAGAGUCAAAAGAAGAAGGCAAACAAUCAGGACGACUCUGAUGAUGACGAUGACGACGAUGAUGAAGCCGGACCAUCAGUUCAGCAGGUUCCUGCUGUCCAGCCCCAGGCAGGCUAUGCUACCCCAAUGGCCCAGCUUGGGAUGCCUGUGGCUGGCGGAGGUGUGAUGCACCAUGGAGGAUAUCCAGGAAUGCCUCCCAUGAUGCCUGGCGUUCCUCCCAUGAUGCACGGCAUGCCCCCCAACAUGCACGGAAUGCCACCCGGCAUGAUGCAAAUGGGUGGAAUGAUGCCUCCCAUGAUGCCAGGGAUGCCCGGUAUACCCCACGGAAUGCCGCCUCACAUGGCUCCAAGGCCAGGGAUGCCCCACAUGGUCCAAGCUGCUGCAGCCGGAGUGAUGCCCAGUCGACCGGCAGUACCAGUGGCCCAGCCCCCUGUCACCAAACCCCUCUUCCCCAGUGCAGCACAGGCCCAGCAGAGCACUUCAGGAGCUGCGGCUUCAAACUCCCACAGUGCAGCCGCGUCCUCCGACCCUCCCAAAGCAACAUUCCCCGCCUACACCCAGCCCUCUGCCUCUUCUUGCUCUUCCACUUCUGCUUCUUCUAACCCCUCUAGCAGCACUGUGGCCAAACCCCCGGCCACAGUCGCCACCAAACCUGCCACCCUCACCACCACGAGUGCAACUAGUAAGUUGAUCCAUCCUGAUGAGGAUAUCUCACUGGAGGAAUUGAGGGCCCAGUUGCCCCGUUACCAGCGACUCACACCCAGGCCGGGUCAGGCCCUUGUGGCUGCUCCCCCUGUGGUGGCAGUGGGCAGCAUAAUGCCCCCACAGCAAGGCAUGCCACCACAGCAGCCUGGCAUGAGGCAUCCCAUGCAUGGUCAGUAUGGCGCUCCUCCUCAGGGCAUGCCCAGCUACAUGGCCGGGGGGAUGCCUCCAUACGGGCAGGGUCCUCCUAUGGUGCCCUCUUACCAGGGAGGCCCUCCCAUGGGCAUGAGGCCGCCCGUCAUGUCUCCGGCUGGGCGCUACUGAUGAUGCAGCAAAGCAGCCACCACAUUAGGUUUGAGGUUAACACCUUUCUCUCAUCCUUCUGCUUUUUCAUCAAACCUAGCUGCAAGCAAAGAGCAGUAAGACCAGUGGUGGUGAAGACAAACAUUAUUUGUUAGAACUAACGGACAUUUAAUGUAACAUCUUUAUUGGGAAACAGCCAAACACCACACACGUUCCUGAAAGCUAUUUUGUUGUCGUCUGAUUUCAUGUGAGGAUAUAUAUAUAUAUAUUCCCCCCCCCCCCCCAUAGGUUUCACUCAGGUUUAUAGAAGUAAAGUGUGUUAAAAUGAUUCAUAUUUCUUUUGAAGCUGCUGGAGUUACAUGAACGUACCAACCCCUUACAAAGGCAAGUUUCUCUUGUAAACAUUUGAUUCUUUUUAUUUUGUUUAUUUUUAUUUUUGGUAGAUUUUAUUGAGGCCCUCACAGCACGCGUAGGUGCUGUUGGACUUGCGUCCCCAACCUUGGUUGGUGAGGGUCUCAGUGAUGAAAAUGAUUCCAACUACGUAGUGUUAAAAGAAAUUCACGACUCAUCAGCCUCUAGCUUUAUCCUUAUUUCAGGUUUGCUUUUAAUGUCCUGGUCAAGUAUGCAUCCUUUGUAAUGUUUUAUGAAUCUGUUGUAAUAAAAUUCAUCUUGAAAUUCAA